AUGAGUAACUCGGAGAUGGGUAGAAAUGGCUCAUCGAAGAGCAGGGAUAUUCACGACGCCGCAAGACUCACUCCAAGGCCACAACAGUCGGGAGGAGUUUCUCAACAAGAGAGUGGCAGCAAAGCGAACCCAAAUAUAUUGGAAGACGCCGAUAAUUUACACAAGAAAUCGCAUUCGCCUCAGAAUGUACAAAAACAAUCGGAUCCAGGAUUUUCCUCGUCUGCUGGAGGUUCCUAUGAUGACCUGAAGCUUGGUACUGUUUCUUCAUCAUUUUGGGGAACUAUCAUCAACAGAGUACGAAAGCAGCCUAAAAGUUAUAACAAGAAAGCAAAAUAUCAAUUUGGAAAAACUCAUAGUGACAGGACAGACGGAACUAUUUGUGAAGCAGAAGGCCCAUCGGGCCUAGUGGCGAUCAAAACAAUUGCCAAAAAAGUGUCAUCCUCGGCAGAAAAAGAAGCGAGCAGAGAAAUAAACGCUCUACGGCGAUUAAACCACCUUAACAUAAUCCAACUAGUCGAUUGGUUUGAAUCGAGAGAUAACUACUACAUAGUCACGCAAAAUACCAAUGGAGGCAGUCUUUUUGAUCGUGUAAUAGAUCUAAUCAAAUUUCGGGAGAGAGAGGCGACAGUCAUUGUACUUCAGGUCCUCAGCGCCGUUGCCUAUCUGCAUAGCAAUUCCAUCAUCCACCGAGAUAUAAAGACCGAGAAUAUAGUCUAUGCCUCGAAAGCUUUCGAUUCACGCGUUAUUUUGACUGGCUUCGGUGUAUCAGCCAUACAGAGUUCUGCAGAUGAGGUCUUCUACGACUUUGUUGGAUCAUUUGGAUAUGCUGCCCCAGAAGUAGUACGGAAAGCCGGACACGGUCGAUCCGCCGACAUUUGGUCGAUUGGCGUUGUCACAUAUGUGCUAUUAUGUGGCUAUACACCAUUCCGGAGUACUAAUAUUCAGGAUUUUCUCGAGGAGAGUACUCAAGAGGAUCUAGUUUUCCAUGAAAAAUUCUGGAAGGAUAUUGGUCAAGACGCAAAAGACUUUAUUUCCAGUCUGAUGAAUCUGGUCCCUGAAAAACGACCCACUUGCCAGAAUGCACUCGCACACUCAUGGAUUGAUAAUAGGCCUUCAGAGGCGUCAAGGAUAAAUACGGUUGAGGAAUAA